CUGUUCACAGAGCUGUCACAGCAUUCCAAGGGAAGAGAUAUAUUGCCCCGGAAGUGAAACAUGUGUUGGUACACUUGCCAACUAUAGUUGCCAAGUUGCUACGACAACACCACCGACCACCACAGUUGCUACGACAAUGCCACCGCCCACCACCGUUGCUACCACAGCAGCCCCGCCCACCACCGUUGCUACAACAACACCACCGACCGCCACCGUUGCUACAACAAGGCCACCGACCACCACAGGUGCUACCACAGCAGCCCCGGCCAUCACAGUUGCUGCGACAACAUCUCCGGUCACCAAUUUGAACUUUGAAUGUCGAGGCUUCAACAUCAUGAUCAGUCUUAAUCGCACUACUCUCACCGAGGCCAAUACACUCUGCACCCAACAGAGUGGAAUGAAGUUGUUGAGAUCACGCUGGCAACGCAAACUAGAAGAAUGCUACAUGCCUAUACUUAACCGUGUGAACGUGGAAGAAAUUUGGAUGAGACAGAUACGUAAAAACCCGAAGGUGACUGCUUGGAUGAUGUAUAAUGUUUCAAGUUCGCAGCUGAACCCUACACCGGACGCAUCAGCAACUGCUGCCUUUAUUUGUGCAGGCAAGUAUUUAAUUCUGCAUGACGACGGACUACCCUCACUACUUUGCUAA